AUGGAAAUUAGGGGUUUGAGUGCCAUUUUGGUACUUUCUCUGGCUCUUACGGCCUUGUUUAGUGUAUCAGUAGUAGCUGAGGAAGGCGAGAAAGUUUUGAGUUUGGAUCAUUCCAACUUCUCGGAAGUUGUGGGCAAGAACGACUUCAUCGUCGUCGAAUUUUACGCCCCAUGGUGUGGGCACUGUACAGCACUUGCUCCAGAGUACGAGGAAGCUGCAUUGGUGUUAAGCAGCCACGACCCCCCUAUCGUUCUAGCAAAAGUUGAUGCCUAUGAAGAAGCGAACAGAGGACUAGCAACUGAAUUUCAGAUCCAGGGUUUCCCCACCAUUAAGAUCUUAAGAGAAGGUGGGAAGAACAUUCAAGAAUACAAAGGCCCUCGCGAGGCUGACGGUAUAGUUGAUUACUUGAAGAAUCAAGUUGGUCCUCCAUCCUCUGCAAUUAAAUCAAGGGAAGAUGCUGAAAGUCUUAUAGAUGAGAAAAAUAUAUUUGUUGCUGGGGUGUUCCCAAAAUUUGCUGGGGAGGAAUUCGAGAAUUUUACGGCUUUAGCUGAAAAGUUGCGAUCUGACUAUGAUUUUGGCCACACUCUUGAUGCCAAACUCCUUCCACGAGGCGAACCAGUGGAGAAGCCAACUCUUCGCUUGCUAAAGCCUUUCGAUGAACUGUUUGUUGAUUUCCAGGAUUUUCAAGUUGCUGCAAUGGAGAAAUUUCUCAAAGAAGCUAGCAUUCCCACUGUGACAAUUUUUGAUAACAACCCAAUCAAUCAUCCAUAUGUUCACAAAUUCUUUGACAAUCCUAAUGCUAAGGCUAGUCUAUUUGUGAACUUCAGCAAAGAGCUUGAUUCUUUCCAGUCAACAUAUAAGGAUAUUGCCAAGCAAUCCAAAGAGAAGGGUAUAGUCUUCCUGUUGGGUGACCUUGAAGCCAGUGACGGUGUCUUCCAGUACUAUGGACUUGAACAGGACCAGGCGCCUCUUCUUCUUAUUAAGAAACCCGAUGGACAGAAGUACCUCAAGGCAAACAUAGAACCUGCUCAGAUUGCACCAUGGCUCAAUGAUUACUUGAAUGGCCUAGUGAAGCCAUUCAUAAGGUCAGAGCCUGUUCCCGAAGUAAACGAUGAACCUGUCAAGGUGGUGGUUACCGACAGCCUUCAAGACAUGGUUUUUAACUCUGGAAAGAUUGUUCUGCUAGAGUUCUAUGCACCAUGGUGUGGACACUGCACGAAGUUGGCUCCAGUUUUGGAUGAAGUUGCUGUUUUCUUUGCAAAUGAUCCUGAUAUCAUGAUUGCGAAAAUCGAUGCAACUGCAAACGAUAUCCCAAGUGGCACCUUCGAAGUUCAAGGAUACCCUACUAUGUACUUCAGAUCUGCAAAUGGUGACUUGAAGCAGUGUGAAGGGAAGCGAACAAAGGAGGACAUUAUUGACUUUAUUCAGAAAAAUCGGGAUAAGUCUCUAAGGAUGAACUAUGAAGAGGCUUUGCCUCCAAUGAGGGCUUCGAGGAGCUUUCCACAGUAG